UUUUCACUUCCAGCGUAUGCAUACCAGCACAAUACCUACAAUCUGAGUCAAUAGCACCAAUGUCCGAGUCAAGGCCUCACCGUGACUCACCUCUCUCAAACAUAACCAAACCCACCUCAUCUUCCUCCUCCUCCUCCUCCUCCAGUUUUUUACUACUAUCUUUCAUUGUUGUGGCACCUGUAAUAGCCGGGGUGAUUCUCUAUCAACUCGACUCGUUCGACCCAGCUCCUAUGCCGACUCACGAGUUCGCUCAGGACCCCGUGUUCGUGCCGAAGCAGAACUCUCGCAUGCUUCAGGGUGCAGAGUUGAUCGGAGUCGGGCAGUUGUUGGCACCCGAAGACCUUGCUUACGACCCGGACUCGGGACUCGUCUAUGCGGGUUGUGUUGAUGGGUGGAUCAAGAGAGUCUCGGUCAACGAGUCUGCGGAUGACUCGGUGGUGGAGAACUGGGUUAACACGGGUGGUCGACCUCUCGGACUCAUUCUUGGACACAACAAUGAUCUCGUCAUUGCCGACGCAGACAAGGGGUUGUUGAAAGUAACUUCAGAUCGCACGAUUGAGCUGUUGACAGAUGAGGCUGAGGAUGUGAAAUUCAAGUUAACAGAUGGUGUUGAUAUUACAAAAGACGGUAUGAUUUAUUUCACAGAUGCAUCAUACAAAUAUAGUUUAAAGGAGUUCAUAUGGGACAUUUUGGAGGGUAGACCAUACGGUAGAUUCAUAAGCUAUGAUCCAUCAACAAAAGAAACCAAAGUGUUGGUCCGUGACCUCUACUUUGCUAACGGAGUAGCAAUCUCACCAGAUCAAAGUUUUGUAAUCUUCUGUGAAACCCCAAUGAGGAGGUGCAAAAGGUACUACAUACAAGGUGAAAAGAGGGGUGAUGUUGAUACAUUUAUUGAUAAUUUGCCUGGCAUGCCUGACAACAUACGGUAUGAUGGAGAAGGCCAAUAUUGGAUUGCAUUACCCACGACAACUACACUGUCUUGGGAUCUAGCACUGAGAUAUCCUUUUAUCAGAAAAGUUUUGGCAAUCAUGGAGAGGUACAUAGGGCGACCGCAUAUGGAGAUAAAUGGUGGGUUUUUGGCUGUUGAUUUGGAAGGAAAACCGAUUGCCCACUAUUAUGAUCCUAAAUUAUCACUAGUUACUACUGGGAUAAAGAUUGCAGACUAUUUAUAUUGUGGUUCCAUCACAUAUCCAUACAUCAUCCGCCUCAAUUUGACUCAACAUCCUGCUGUAGCAGUAUAGGAAGAAGUUCUAAAUAACCACCAGAGUCAAGUAGUUUCUUUUAUUGAAAUGUAGAUGGAACUAUGGAAGCUUCAAAACAAAUGCAAAUUGUUGGGCUGUGGCUUAUACAUGGUAUCAUUUGUAUUUUGGAGCAUGUUUCGUAGUUUAUAAGGUUACUAAAGACUUUAGCAAUUCCUUGUACUAUGUGAAAUUCAUGAUAUUACAAAUCAAGUGAAUGCUUACCUGCUGGUAAA